GCAAAAAUAUUGCAGAAGCUGGAAGAAGUUAAACUUUAAGGGCUCAAAAUCGCAGUAAAAAGAUGAGGAAAAUGAAGAUCGAAGAAGAAGAGCAGAGAGUUGAGUGAAAUGUAAUUAAUAUUUUCAUACUCGUAUAUUCUGUUUAAUGGUAAUGUGAUUGCUCCUAACAAGUUGAACUAGCCUACCAAUUAACCUAAGUCAGUGGACUGAUACAAAAUGAAUUGCAAGCCAAUUUUUUGUGCAUCAGUAAUUUUAUGCAUAUGUAACUUUUUUGAUAAAUUCUUUACAUCAAAGGUGCCGAUUGCUAUGUCUUUACUAAGGAGAACGUUGAUUUUUCUGAAUAAACCAGGAAUCAGAAUAUGUACAGGUAAAUUUGAAUCAGUUGAAGUAUUUUUGUAGUCAACGACUCAACUAGUCAAUAAAAAGGGCAGCCCGGUGCACUAAGCUUCCGCUAUGCGCGGGGUCCGGGAAAGCGUCGGACCACAAGGGUCUAUUGUACGCAGCCUUCCUUACAUUUCUGGAAGAGGCUGUUUCCACGGCUCGAACCCGUGAUCUCCUGGUCACAGGACAGCAACUUUACCAGUUACGCCAAAGACUCUCUUCGUUGACUCAACUAGUCAAUGUUUUUAAUUAUUAAAUACAAAUUUGGGAAUUUCAGUUAAUUGGGGAUUGUAUAAUUGGUGCCUUCGAUCCAAAGAAAGGCAUUGACCAGAGAGAGAAAAAAAACAGAUACUACAUACUAGAGAGGGUUACCGGAACAUGGAUGACGUGGCGAGUAAAAAGGGCUACGUGUGUUACCAACUUCCGGCACGUUCACUUCGUCGGUUAUUGCAGUUGCCCAUGUUCGUACUUGUAUUUACUUUGUUGAUAAAUAGCAACUGUGUUUCUUCCUACUCAUCAGGAUACUGGGAUUUUACCUGCAACAAUUCCACAGAUAUGGAAAUAGGGAAGUUGGGUCCUAAAAACCCCGGUGUAUGCUCGGAAGAGGCCAAACAUCUUCCUAUAUGUGAAUGUGGAUUCAAAAUGUUGGACUCUUGCUUCUUGAACAAGAAUAAGAUGCUUGAAAUCGAAAAGGGAGCAAAUGACUUUAACAUACCUAUAAUCAGAUCCAACCGAAAGUUAGUUGCUUCUACUGAUGGAGGUCUGCAAAACCCUUCUUGUUUAGUCUUCAAUUCUGCAUGGAAGGUCCAACAACUAGAAAAUGAACCAAACAAAAGGUUCAAUUAUCCAUCACCUGCUCGUAUACAAAGACCAAAAAGUGAUGAGGAUAUAGCAUUCAUGAGUAUUCUUGAACUCGGUCAACUUCUCAAGGCAAAUCUAAUCACAUCAGUAGAGCUGACUGGAAUUUUUUUGAAGAGACUGAAGAGGUAUGGUCCUGUCCUUGAAUCCGUUGUUACAAUUACUGAAGAAUUAGCAUACAAACAAGCAAAAGAGGCUGAUCAACUGCUUGCUGAAGGCAAAUAUUUGGGUCCUCUUCAUGGGAUUCCCUAUGGUCUGAAGGACAUCAUAGCUGUACCUAGCUAUACCACAACAUGGGGUUCAACAUCUUUUAAAGACCAAGUUCUUGAUAUUGAAGCUUGGGUGUAUAAGAGGCUGAAAUCUGCCGGGGCAGUUCUUGUUGCAAAGUUAGUAACUGGUUCUUUAGCAUAUGAUGACGUCUGGUUUGGUGGUAGAACAAGAAACCCAUGGAAUAUCGAGGAAUAUUCUACAGGAUCAUCAGCAGGGCCUGCUUCUUGCACCUCAGCAGGUUUGGUUCCAUUUGCAAUUGGUUCAGAAACUUGCGGCUCUAUUACCUAUCCGGCUUCUCGCUGUGGUGUGACGGCACUGCGGCCCACUUUUGGAGCAGUUGGUCGAACGGGCGUUAUGAGCAUAGCUGAAAGCUUGGAUAAAUUAGGCCCUUUUUGUAGAAAUUCUAUGGAUUGUGUAAUUGUUCUGGAUGCCAUUAGAGGAAAGGACCCAGAUGAUGUUUCAUCCAGAGACAUACCCUUUAGCGAUCCAUUCUCAGUUGACAUCACAAAGCUCACUGUUGGAUAUCUUGAGGAUGCUGAUAUGGGCGUUGUUCAUGUACUUCAAUCAAAGGGAGUGAAUAUGGUCCCAUUUAACCUGAGUUACACUGUUGAUUCUGCCCAAGGCAUCCUCAAUUUCACAAUGGAUGUUGAGAUGCUGGCUCACUUCGACAAGUGGCAACGCUCAAAUCUGGAUGAUGAAUAUGAAGCCCAAGAUCAAUGGCCUAUUGAACUUCGCCGAGCACGUGCCAUAUCUGCUGUUGACUAUGUUCAGGCACAAAGAGCUAGAGGUAUAUUGAUUCAGCAAGUGAGAGAAAGCUUCAAAGUUGAUGCAUUUAUUGGAAAUGCAACUGACUGGGAGAAAGUUUGUGUUGGCAAUCUUGUGGGUAUCCCAGUUGUAGUUGUUCCAACAGGAUUCAAAAAGAUAUCUGAUGCAUCAAAUGAUACUCGCAGGAGAACAACAAUCACUACUGGAAUAUAUGCUCCUCCAGACCGUGAUCAUGUCGCCUUAGCUUUAGCAAUGGCUUAUCAAUCAGUCACCGAUCAUCAUAAGCAGCGGCCACCAAUUGACGACCUUGGGCCAAAUGAUUUGAUUCCAGACUCACCAAAAUCCCUGUAGUGGGUUGAAGAUUGUUUAUGCUCUCAAGUGCUUGAUGUGAACCUGCAUGUGCUUGAACCUGUUGUGUCUCAGACCAGCAUUUAUAGCAGUUAAAACCAUGAAAAAUAUUAAUUAAACUUCUGUUGAGGAAGAGAAAAUUCUGUCUACUUCCUCUCUCUUAGGCCUCUUUCUCUGUUUUAUGGUUCUAAUUUUGUGAAAUUUCUUAUUACUUUGAUCUAUAAAUGAUUUUAACUUAUG